GUCGCCCCACGCUGGCGGAACCCCGCUGUCCGCGCCAGCCCCGCCGCCGCCUGCACCGCCCCGCCGCCGCCACCGCCUCGCGCAGGAGUCACACACCCACCCCCACCUCCGGGAUCCCCGUCACGUGCGCUCUGGCCGCGGAGCAGGUCUGAUCGGCUUCCUUGUUCCGGUGGCCGGGCGUCCUCUCCAAAGAUAAGGGGAAUAAAGAAGUCACCCCCCCAGCUGUCAUCAUCUGGCAGCAGAUUGAGCAAGGCUGUUCUGAGCGCUGCAGAGAAGACAACCCAUCAAACCUCCGAUGAUGAGCAGCCCUGUGACCUGUUCAAGAAAAGGAAUAGGAUGAGUGACUGUCAUCAGAAAAGCAGUGUGAACGCUGGCCCAUCUUGGAAUCAGGUACAACACUCAAAGACGUCUUCGGGAAAAAGGCAGGGUAGAUCCCGAGGACCCCAGGUCUCUUCCCACCUGGGAAGCAGCCUCCUUGACAUCUCCCAUCCUGCACCAGAUAAGCUCAUGGGAACCAUUUCCAUGGAGGGAAGACAGGACCAGGAACGGAGGACCCUGCUCAGCCCCAGGUGUCAGGCUGCCUCUGGAAGCAAGCUGUUCCUUGACUUUCAGUCCAUGAAACUCAUUAAGGACGGUGCCAACGACGAGGACAGUACAAGUGACCUGUCGGACUCAGAGAGAGUGGCCAUUCCUCCUUCUCCAUUCACGCCCCCUGACCUCAACCUUCGAGCUGAAGAGAUAGACCCAGUUUCCUUCAAUCUUCACCCAGACCCGAGCCGGGCAGAACCUGAACACCGCUACCCUGACUUUCUUCCACCCCCGUUCAGCUCCUGGGACCUCCGGGACAUGGCUGUGGCCCUGAACUCAGAGAGCAGGAGUGAGGCCCCGCCUCGGGCCACGGGGUUCCUCGGGAAGUACAUACACAGGCUUCUUCAGCUGGAGUGGCUGCAGAUCCAAACCGUGCAGUGUGAGAAGGCCCGAGCUGCCAAGGCAAGGCCCCCUGGCGCCUCUGGGAUGCUGAAAAGCCCCAGGCGGGGCAAACUCCUCACCAGUGUGCUGUCCAAGCCAUUAUUGUCCCCUGAAGGGAUUCCAACGCCAGGAGUCCUUUCUAGAAAGAAAGGUUUUCACCACGAAGAAGCCCACCCAUCCUAUUACACGUUUGAGACCUCACCCAGAUUGGAUGUGGACAGGCCCGGUCGCCCCAGGCUGUGUUCUCAGAAACAAGCCCCUGGGGUGAGGGUUGAAAAGAGGAAGAAAUCGAGCAAGGUCCCCAAGCUUCACCUCCGUGCUGCACCCUGCGCUGAGGGCAGCCCCGCGUUGGAAACCAGUGGGAACAUCCGAAUUCCAAAGAAGUCCACAGUGCCGGGCCCACUGGACUCCUGUGGGGCCUCCAGGACACAAGCACUCCUGGACCUGGAGAAAAAGGGAAAUGCACAUAACUGUGGUCUCGCCUCUACAUCCGGCGAGAAAAAACCCAAAACCAAUGGAGGGAAGCAAAGCUCGCAUAAGUUAAAGUGACCCCUGGGGUCAAGAAUGCCAAAGACCCGCAGGUGUCUAAAAGUGGGGGGCUGGCCCCAGAGUGGUGGUGAAUUGUAAUCCAGUUGUGAUAACCGACUCUCCAGUUACUCCACCCCCCCACCCCACCCUCACCCUCUACCCCGCCCCCCUCCACCCCCCCCACCCCGGCGCCUCAAGGCUUCUUUUCAGAGGUCUCAGUAAGGCCCAAUAAGCUGUUCUUGGUAUGCACAGCCUUGAGGGACCUAACGGUAAAAAAUAAAAUAAAAAUAAAAACUUG